AUGCAAAACCCUGGCACACUCCUUCACGAAAGAGUGCGAAAAUUGCCAAAACUCUCGAGGUUGAGGAAAAUUAUAAGGCGCUUUAUAUUUGUAAGUGUGACGUUGAUGAUAUUUUUUAACAUGGCACAUGAGUUUGUAUUGUUCAAGACUUUGCCGAAAUCUCGACUACCAGGAACGGACAUUAUUAGCACGGAAAACGCAACUGAAGCAGAAGUGCAUCAUAAUGAUGUGGAGGAGGGAAAUGAUCAUAAUCAUGUGGAGGAGGGAAAUGAUCAUAAUGAUGUGGAAGAGGGAAAUGAUGGUGAUGGUCAUGGCACUAAGAUGAAGUUUGUGUCCUGGUUUGAUGAGAGGAAGAAACAUAACGAUUACGAUGGUGGGCAUGAGCCCAGAUAUGCAUAUAGCUACAGCGGGGAUGAGAUGGGAUUGAAGACCACAUAG